AUGGCUACCCCUAGUGUCCUAGCUUUUGACGCUGAGGGUCGUGCCAUUGACUUUGAGGUCUGGGUCGACGACCUGCAGCUGUUCUUGCAGUGCGAUAGGGUAGACGACCUUUCUCUCUUUGACCUUACCUCUGGCGCCGUCCCUGCCCCUGCUGCUGAUGCUGACCCCACUGUUCGCUCCAAGUGGGCCACACACGAUGCUGCUGCACGUCUUGCUGUGCGUCGCCACCUGCCUACCGCUGAGCGCGCGCACUUUAGUCAGUACAAGAGUGCUCAGACCUUGUACGACGCUGUAGUUGCGCGCUACUCCUCCCCUGCCACUGCUGCACUGAGCCGCCUCAUGCUACCCUUCCUCUUCCCUGACCUUGCUGCCUUUCCCACAGUCGCUGACCUCAUUACGCACCUCCGCUCUAGUGACACUCGCUACCGCGCUGCGCUUCCUGCUGACUUCUGCGCCAAGAACCCCCCCCCCAUGUACAUCACUCUCUAUUUCAUAGUCACUCGUCUCCCUGACUCCCUUCAUGUAAUCAGGGACCACUUCCUCUCAGUCUGUCCCACCACACUCACUGUAGACCUCCUCGAGAAGUCCCUCUUAGCGGCAGAGAAGAGCAUUGUCGCUGUAGGGGCCUCUCGUGGUGACCCUCGCACCCCCAUCUUUGAGGGGUGUUCUCCUUCCCCCCUGCUGCCCUCUGUCGCCUCUGCUGCUGCGGCCGACCUUGUUGGUCUAGAGUCGGUCGGUGCGGCGUCUGCCCCUAGCGGGAGACGCCGCCCUGGCAAGGGCAAGGGGGGCAAGGGCGCGGGUGGAGCUAGCGGGGGCGGUGGCAGUGGAGGUGGGGGCGGCGGGGGGAGUGGGGGUGGCGGUGGAGGUGGUGGCGGGGGUGGGGGUGCUAGUGGCGGCAGUGGAGGCGGGGGUGGCGGCGGCGGUGGCGGUGGGAGCGGAGGUGGCGGAGGUGGUGGCGGUGGAGGCGGAGGCGGGGGUGGCGGUGGUGGAGGUGGUCGGAGUGGCGCUUCGCAGCGGAGCAGCACUGGGGGUGGUCAGCGCCAGCAGCAGCAGCGUUCUCGCGACGUCCCCACCCCUCAGCAGCUCCGUGAGUGGUACACGCAGCGUCAGCGUGGUGGGGGUUUUGGUCCCUGCACCUACGUCCUUCGCACUGGCGACCGCGCUGGAGAGCAGUGUGGGGGUACCCACACUGCCCAGCGCUGCUUUGGCCGCCUGACGGUCGCUUGGCGCCAGCAGUUCCCGGAGGCCGCGGAGAUCCCCCGCUGGGGAGAGCUGUCUAGGGCUGGUGUAGCUAUCUUUGAUCUUGAGUUUGAUGCUAUCCUUGCUGCCAUGUAUGCUGUGACUAUUAGUGAUGAGGGUGACUGUUGCCGGUGUUUCCCGCCCGACCCGGGCAUUGGUACUACUGCUCUAGGUGCUGGUGAGGCUACUGCUCUAGGUGCCAGUGCGUCUGUGCUCUCAGGUACUGGUGAGUCUGCACUCUCAGGUACUAGUGAGUCUGCGCUCUCAGGUACUACGUCGGCUUCGGCCUCCCACACCUUCACCCUUGACUCUGGGGCGUCUCGCUCCUUCUUUCGGGACCGCACCACACUCACGCCGCUUAGUCGGCCGGUUGCGGUGUCCCUGGCUGACCCCUCUUGGGAACCUGUCCUGUCUCGCUUCUCCACAGUCCUCCCGUGUCCAGCGGCUCCCUCUGGCACCCUGUCUGGUCUCUACCUCCCCUCGUUCUCUACGAACCUGGUGAGUGGUGCUGACCUACAGGAUGCGGGUGUCCACCAGUUCACUCCUGCUCGUCAGCGGGUGACGCACUGCACAGAGGCUAGCAUAGGUCGCCACGUGGCUACGUUUACACGUCAGCCAGGGUCGAGCCUGUACACACUGACCACUGCUUCUCCUCCAGUUCCUGAGUCUGGUAGGGUCCCUUUGUCUGGUCAGGUGUUUGCUGCAGCGUCCAGGGCCCUGGCCCUGCCUGUGUCCCCUGUGACCCCUGUGUCGAGGGGCGCCAGCGUGCUGCCCCUCACUCCUCCCAGUCACGAGCGCUACUUCCUGUUGGUGGUUGACGACUACUCGCGUUACACCACAGUCUUCCCCUUGCGCAGCAAGGGUGAUGUCACUGAGGUGCUGAUCGACUGGAUCCGCGCAGCUCGUCUCCAGCUCAGGCAGAGCUUUGGCUUGGACUUUCCUGUUUUGCGUCUGCACUCGGACAGAGGCGGAGAGUUCUCCUCUGGCCUUCUGCGUGCCUACUGUCGUGCGCGAGGCAUCCGUCAGACCUUCACGCUUCCGGGCUCACCGCAGCAAAAUGGGAUUGCAGAGCGCCGCACUGGCAUGGUCAUGGACGUCACUCGUACGUCUAUGAUGCAUGCGGCUGCCCCCCAUUUUCUGUGGCCGUUUGCGGUCAGGUACGCGGCGCAUCAGAUCAACCUCCACCCCAGGGUCUCCAGGCCGGAGACCUCCCCAGCCCUGAUGUGGACGGGGAAGGUUGGCGAUGCGUCGGCGUUCCGUGUCUGGGGAUCUCGGGCGUUUGUCCGCGACUUGUCUGCGGACAAGCUGUCCCCUCGCGCUGCUCCCUGCGUCUUCCUGGGGUUCCCCCCCGACGCCCCUGGGUGGCAGUUCUACCACCCCACCUCUCGCCGUGUUCUGUCCUCCCAGGACGUCACGUUCAACGAGUCGGUACCCUACUACCGCCUCUUCCCCUACCGCACUCCGUCCCUCCCCCCACCCCCGCUCUUCUUGGUACCAGGUCCCCCCCCGGUAGACCCCCUUCCCCCUCAGGGUCCUGCCCCUUCAGGGGUGCUAAGCCUGGGGGUGCUGAGCCUGGGGGUGCUGAGCCUGGGGGUGCUGAGACUGGAGGUGCUACGCCUGGGGGUGCUGAGACUGGAGGUGCUACGCCUGGAGGUGCUUUGCCUGGGGGUGCUGAGCCUGGAGGUUCUCCGGGUGCUUCGUCUCGCCAAACCCCUCUCCCCACAGGAGCUGCGUGAGUGGUUUGCCCGGCGCUGGAGGCGUGCUGCUGGUGCUGGAGGUUCUUCGGCUGCUGAGGGUGCUGCUGCCGCGGGUCCCGGAGGUGCUCGUACUGGGAGUACUGGAGCUGCUGGGCCUGCGGGUUCGACUGGAGCUGGUGCUGCUGAGGGUGUUGGCACUGAGACUACCACUGGCGGUCCGAUUGGUGGUGCUCCUGGUGCUGCUGGAGGUUCUGGGGCUGCAGGAGGUGCUGCUGGGGGUUCUGGAGCUACUGGAGGUGCUGCAGGAGGUGCUGCUGGAGCGGGUACUCCUGCUGGGGGUAGAGGUGCUGUCCUUGCUGUUUCUAGCUCACAGCUACAGCCUGCCUCCCCUUUGCCUGCUCCUUCUCCCUACGCUGGUCUGACUCGAGGUCUUACUGAGCGUCGUGAGCCUGCGUCUCGUCAUGCGUCGCCUGUUCGUGCUGCGCGCACUAGUGGUCACGGUUCGCGUCAGCGUCCUCCUCCUGUCCCUGGCACGCACCGGAUGUCUCUGCGUCCGUCUACUGCUCCUCUGCGUGCCCCUUUGCCUUCUCCUCCUGCUUCCUCUCUUCUUGCUCUUGCCGACCCGGAGUCGGACUCUCUUCGUGCUGCCAGUCCUACUGUCACGCGUCUCCUUGCUACUGCCGUCACUGACCAUUCUUUCGAGUCUACUGCUGCGUCUGCCCUUGUUACUGAGCUCGUCGACUUGGCUGCUCGCUGUCGUCUAGACUACGCUGCUAGUCUUGUCGCUGAGUCUGAGUCUGCCUGUCCUCUGUCCGUCGGGGGUGAGCGUGCCCUUGGCACGGACGUCCUUGAGGACAGGCAGGAGGAGAUCCAGUGUCGGGCCGCCGCUUCACCUCAUCUCGUGUCCGUACUGCUCACCCCUGAGGGAGACCCGGAUGCACUUGACAUCCCGACUCCGCACUCUUAUGCGGAGGCGAUAGAGGGUCCCUACUCCUCUCAGUGGCAGGCAGCUAUGGAUGCAGAGAUGGCUUCCUGGAAGUCCACAGGCACCUACGUUGACGCUGUCCCCCCUCCUGGGGUGAACAUCGUCAGUGGCAUGUGGAUCUUCAGGGUGAAGCGGCCGCCGGGUUCUCCGCCUGUCUUCAAGGCGCGUUACGUGGCUUGUGGCUUCAGUCAGCGGCAGGGAGUUGACUACUUUCAGACCUUCUCCCCCACCCCGAAGAUGACCACUCUUCGGGUACUGCUGCACGUUGCUGCUCACCGUGACUACGAGCUGCACUCUCUCGACUUCAGCACUUCUUUCUUGCAGGGCAGCCUGCAGGAGGAGAUCUGGCUGCGCCGCCCACCUGGCUUCACUGGGUCUUUCCCUCCUGGUACCCAGUGGAGUCUCCGGCGUUUAGUCUACGGUCUCCGCCAGGCGCCGCGUGAGUGGCACGACACACUGAGGACUACGCUGGCGGCACUUGGGUUUGCUCCUUCCACUGCAGACCCGUCGCUGUUUCUGCGCACCGACACCUCUCUGCCGCCGUUCUACAUCCUCGUGUACGUCGACAACUUGGUCUUUGCCACAGCUGACACUGCUGGACUAGCCUACGUGAAGUCCGAGCUGCAGAAGAGACACACGUGCACUGACCUGGGUGAACUGCGCAGCUACCUUGGCUUGCAGAUCACCCGUGACAGAGCACGCCGCACCAUUACCCUGACUCAGUCACACAUGGUGCAGCAGGUCCUUCAGCGCUUCGGCUUCACGUACUCCUCGCCUCAGGCCACUCCUCUGCCUACUCGCCACUCGCUCUCAGCUCUGCCUUUGGAUGAGUCCGUAGAGUCAAGUGGCCCGUAUCCAGAGCUUGUUGGCUGCCUCAUGUACCUGAUGACCUGCACUCGACCUGACCUUGCAUACCCUCUUAGCAUUCUCGCACGCUAUGUUGCUCCUGGGAGACACCGACCAAAGCACAUGGCUGCAGCGAAGAGGGUGUUUUGUGCUACUUGUGCAGUACGUCGGGCAUGGGGCUAG